GAUGGAUUUCAAGCUUAUUUUGUCAGUCCGCAGGGGGCGCCAGGGCGUGGCCACACCCCGUGCCCCCAAUGCGGCAUGGCCGCCAAGUGCCCAGCUGCCCCCCCUCGAGCCAGCCCAGCCAGAGCCAAGCCAGUCGCCAGCUUGGCCCGUCAGCCGGCCACCCAGCCAGCCAGCCUUCCUCGCUCACUCGCUCGCCCGCCGCCGCCGCCGCCGCAAAGGCAAAGGCAAAAAACCCCAGAGUGCACCCGCACAAAGAAAGACCUGUCUGGACUCGCCAAUUAAGGUUGUCGCUAGCCAUCCACCGCUUGCUGCUCCUGCGCCUGCUCCUGCCGAUGCCUCUAAUCCCGCCCUCUCUCUCUCGUUGGCAACCAGGUUGCGCCGUCGUUGUCGUCUUACUUGGUGCCACACCCUUUUCCCCCACGGUUAUUCUUAGUGGGCUGACGUUGCCCAUAGCCCAUUACGCAAGCCCUUGCAUCCCUCACCAGCGUCGGCUCAGGCGAGCGCCGGAGCACUGCUAAUAUGCCCUGCGCGCUCAGGGCUUGCACCAGCUCCAAGCCGGCGGCAUGCUCGUGCCGCCGUCCGAGCCGUUCCAGCCGUGCUGCUUACGAUGCGCCUCGCAAUCCCGGCGGAGGCUGUCUGGGCUGGAGACGGGUCCCCAAGUACCUGGAUUCUUGGCUGGCGUAAUCUGCAGGCAUGGGAGGAGGCUGCCAGGGCACGCUGGCGGUUCCUGUCCGCUGUCUUUUGUGCCGUUC